AGAGAGAGUGAGUGUGUGUGUGUGUGUGUGUGUGUCUUGAGGCGUAGAGCAAUGCAAAGACCGUGUCGCGGAGUUGCAUUGCCAUUACGCGCUGUUACGCACAGCUGCGCAGCUGCUUUGGAGAGGGGAGCCCGAGUCGCAGGAGGAGCGUUUUUUGCAGGAUUUCUCCCCUCACGCGCAUAUGAGAAGAGGAGAGAAGUAUUUUGUUGCAGAACCGAUUGAUCUUUGGCGGAGAGCACAGGAAUGGUGGAUCACCUCCCGCUUGCUGAGGAGACCUUCCUGUAUCACACCGACUACCCGGGGUCGGGCUACAAUUGCCUCUGUCACCACGCUAAUGGUGACACGUUGCCGGGCAUCAUGGUAACCGACGCGUGCAUCUACGAGCAUCACCACGACAACCGCUACCAAGGGAUGACUCUUUCCUCCUCCCCUCGUACCUCUGAGGAUGACCUCAGUGACUCCUCCAGCCCUCGUUCUUCCCUCUGCUCCAGCCCAGAGGCUUCGUCGCCAACAUUGCGGCACGUUCUUAGCGCCGGCUACGAAUGCAGAUGCAAUAGAAGCAGCGCGAGCUGUAGCUCCUCGGGAGGAAAGAGUCAGGACAGCCUGCUUGACCUCCUACUCUCGCAAGCCUCCCUCCCUCGCAGUAGCUCUCACUCUUCGUCUUUAUCUUCCUCCCCAUCCUCCCUGUCCUCUCCAUCCUCAUCUGCCCCUUUAUUACCCAUGGGACUGGCCUGGGAGUCCAAAAGGGAGCAGCGGCUGACUCUCCUCCAGCAGCAUGCCAAAGACGAUUGCUACGAGUUACCUGUCUUCUUAGACGGAAUGCAGGAUCCGGCUGCACUCCUCUUUCAACCCACCCUAGAGGAGAUUGAGGAGUUCCUGGAGGAGAACAUGGUGGUGGCAUUGGAAAAAGAAAAAGACGGGAGUGAUGAGGUGAUGUUGGCAAUGCCAGAGAACAUUGAGGCGAAGGGUUCAAUGACUAUAGCAGGAGAACUGUUAUUGGUAUCACCGAAUUUGGAUCAGACUGUGCCCGUGGCUCAUUCGCCGCUCUCCUUGAACGCCGAGACCAAACACGCCCCUUGUGACUUGGACAUGGACAGCUUGCCAUCAGCAGUGGAUUGUAGUUCUCCUCGUAUUGUUGACGGGGUCAAACACGAGGAUUGUAGUUCACCACCAGCCUCAUCAGAAUCUACCGACGCCUCCAGCAUGCCUGUCAUCCUACAAAUUCAGCCCAUCCAGAUCAAACAGGAGCCCGCCCCGAGUGCCAUCUCAGAUACAGUCACCCAGAAAGCCCAACCCCAGCCAACCCAGGCCCCAUCGGACAUUAAAAUCGCCCAACUCUUGGUCAACAUCCAGGGACAGACCUUUGCCUUGGUGCCUCAGCUGCUUUCGUCGACAAACAUUAACAACUCAAGUAAAAAUGGUAGCACCAUGUCUCCCAAAUUUGUUCGGAUCGCACCGGUACCCAUAGCCGCCAAACCAACUGGUCUUGGGGAAGGAGGGUUGGGCAGCGGAUCCAAUGCUGGGGUCCUCGUUGGAGGUCAGAGGUACCAGAAGAGCGCAGUAGCGGACCUCAUUAAAAUGCAUAAGUGCUCUUUUCCUGGCUGUAAUAAGAUGUACACCAAGAGUAGCCACCUUAAAGCCCACCUGAGGCGGCACACAGGGGAGAAGCCCUUCGCCUGCACAUGGCCCGGCUGUGGAUGGAGGUUCUCUCGGUCUGACGAGCUCUCCCGACACCGGCGCUCCCACUCGGGAGUGAAACCAUACCAGUGCAUCGUCUGCGAAAAGAAGUUUGCCCGCAGCGAUCACCUGUCCAAACACCUCAAAGUCCACCGCUUUCCAAGAAGCAGCAGGACAGGGCGCUCUGCAAACUGACUCCUCUGACCCCACUCUGACAGACUGACGCUGAGUGGGGAUGGGAUGGGAUGGGGAAUACACACACACGCACCUAAGCGCGUGUGUGACAAAAGAGUGAGGACGGGUUAGGGGAGGUUAAAAGUCCAAACACCUUUUAAAGGGGUCCUUGCGGGAGCUGUUGUUUGUUUAUGUUCAAUUGUGUGUACAUGUGACGUACAUCCAUGGUACUGUUCUAAUUUAUUGGGUGACAAGGAAAAAAGUAUACACACUAAAGUGAAACAUAAAACUGUUACUUGACCCAACAUCCUUACAGGUGAAAUAAGCUUCUUGUACAUGACAAUUUAUUUCGUCAUUUUGUCACUCAAAUAAUUUAGCUGAUCUGAUUUGAUGAAAGAUUUGCUACUGAGAUGUGUCUUGUUGUAAUUUGCUAGCCUUAAAAGCCUUAUAUGAUUUUAAAAAAAUGCAUUGCUAAGGUGUCUGCUUCUAUUUAAAACCCUGAGUUUUAUUUUUUGUACCUUUCUGGAGCCAAAUGUUGUUUAGCAGAAACGCAUCACUUGAUGGCUUGAAGUUCAAUUUGUUGCCCAACAACAAGAACCAACUGGAUACGGGGAGCUUUUGGGGACUAAUUCUUCCCCAUUGACAGAAGAGUGAAUGAUAUGCCAACAUUCCUGUAGUUUUGAAAAGGUGUCUCUGUUGCCUUUGAGUCUCAAUACAGGAUAAAAACACUGAAGUAAUAUCGAACAAAAAGGAGAAUAUUCAUGUUGAAUUACAGUUCACCAGCAAGCAUCAUGUUGUGUAAUUUGCACUUGCAACCACGUAAUGUUUGUGUCGUUAUGGUCCUUUUUUGGAUCAAAACCCCAUUCGGGUGCAUCCACAAAUAAUGCUUAUCUAUAUAUUCUUUGAACCCGCCCAAUGUUCACAACAAGUAUUUACAUUACAUUACAUGUAAUUUAGCUGACGCUUUUAUACAAAGUGACUUACAAUAAGUGCAUUUCGACUAAGAGUAUUGUAUUCUUCUAUAAGAAUUCAAACUCAAAAGAACAAGAAACAAGAAAGUGCAAUUUCAUUAAAUAAGCCGAUUUACAACUUGCUAUAAAUAAGAGCCAUUAUAAGUACAAUUUAAGUGCUACAAUUUGUUAGUCCUUUUAGUCAAGAUAGAGUCUGAACAGGCAACAUAAUCAUUACUUUGUUCUUUGAAUGACUUCAUGUCACUGCUGUCAGAAGUGGCACAUGCAAAGGUUCAUGGUCUUGACGUCUCCUGCCUCUUACCAAAUCAAGCUUAUUUUGUCUGUUUGAUGUAAACACUGAUGCGUUUAACGUAUCCAAUGAAUUGAUUUAAAUAUUUAAAUCUAAGUUGAUUAUUUUUCGCACUUACUGAUGCUGGAAAUAUUUGUGCCGUUUCAACAACCCAAAUAAGAAUCACCACAGAAGAAUCACCUUUAUGGGAAUUUGAAAUUCCUGUUGUCACAGAAGGCCAAUACAGGAUAUUUAGAGACACAAAGGAUUUGUCAACAUUCACCACCGUAAUCUACUGGUCGUAGAGUAAGCCUUGGUUAUACUCUCGAAUGGAUGCGUAUGCGGUCUGCUUGGAGAAGGGUUUCCACAGAUAAGAAGUACACUGCUUCGCUCAAGCUUUGGCUACCAAUCCGGACUGAGCAGUACAGCAAUAACAAAUGAUGCGUAUUAAGACAUUUUCACCAAAGGUAUUACGAAAAUUGGAGAUAAUUUAAAAAAAUAAUUUCACAUGUUAUCACAUUCUGGUGUUAAACAUAUCAGAUCUCUUUCCAUGAAAUGAGAUACCUUGAUCUUGUACUGUAUGCGAACAGUGACCAGUUCCUUUUUUUGUCGUACAUUGCUUUAACGUGUGUCAUUGUCCAUCUCAGUUGAAUUAAGCCAAAUGUCCUCGUGGGAGGGACGCGAAAUGCCUGCUGCACAGAAUUUUUUUCAAGUAUAAUUUGUUGUUGAUUAUCCGCGCCAAUGUUGUUUAAAGAGAGUAACAUUUUUAACUGGAAUCCAGGUGAUUUUAGAACCGUUUGAUUUGCUGAAACCUACAUUGAUUGAUGAACCCUUUUGAGUGGUCAGAAGGCGGCGGAUAAACAAGACACUGUAUGGACAAAGUGUAACAUUGAUAUCAAGCAUUCCUUGCAUACAAUCAGGAGAAACACUUGUCGAAAUGGGUGAGCCUGUAAAUGUAUGCAAAUACUGUAUAUGCAUCUAAAAGGUGGUCUGACUUAUUCUUCUGGUGAUUUUUGUGAUUGUGAAAGAUUUCUUUAAAGAAUAUCUAAUUGGAACAUGUGGUAACCUGCUUCUUCCUGUAAGGUUUUUACACGACAGAUCAUUAUAAAAUGCAGUGUCAUAACACAUCAAUGGAUCAGAAUUUAUAUUACAUGUUCUCCAAUAUGCAAACCUCUAACUUGGUCAGGUGCAAAUUGCAAUACAUCAUAAUGUAAAAUGAAACAUGAUGACUAAGGUGUAUAUUUCUGCUUUUGUUCCUACGUACAACACAUUUACAAUAAAAAUCCUGAAACCUAA